GUCUUCUCCAUACGAUCCAUACAUACCUAAGGAGGGUGCUUCUGGUGGUCCACCUUCAAAAACUUUAGAAAUUCAAAAAAAAAUAGACGAGACUGUAGAAGUUAUGCGUGAUAACCUUAAAACUGUUGCUGAAAGAGGAGUGAAAUUAGAUACUUUACAAGAUAAAACUGAAAAUUUGUCAGUAUCAGCACAAGGAUUUCGUCGUGGAGCAAAUAAAGGUAAAAACCCAACUGUAAUAAUGCAAAAUAAAAAGAACGAGGGACGGGUUCAAACCACACCUGCCCAUCACUUGCCCUUUUCAU